CCAGGAUCCCGCAAGGCAACAUGGCUGAGACCGCUCCUGUCGCCGCGCCCGAUGUCGCCGCUGCCGCCGCUCCGGCGCCCGCUAAGGCUCCCGCCGCCAAGAAGCCGAAAAAAGCAGCGGGCGCUUCCAAAGCCCGCAAGCCCGCGGGGCCCAGCGUCACCGAGCUCAUCACCAAGGCUGUGUCCGCCUCCAAGGAGCGCAAGGGGCUCUCCCUCGCCGCGCUCAAGAAGGCGCUGGCCGCCGGCGGCUACGAUGUGGAGAAAAGCAAUAGCCGUAUCAAGCUGGGAAUCAAGAGCCUCGUUAGCAAAGGUGUUUUGGUGCAAACCAAGGGCACCGGCGCCUCGGGCUCUUUCCGCCUCAGCAAGAAACCUGGAGAAGUGAAGGAAAAGGCUCCCAAGAAAAAAACAACCGCAGCUAAGCCCAAGAAGCCGGCGGCUAAGAAGCCCGCCAGCGCCGCCAAGAAGCCCAAGAAAGCGGUGACUGCAAAGAAGAGCCCCAAAAAAGCCAAGAAGCCGGCGGCCAGCGCGGUCAAGAAAGCAGCCAAGAGCCCUAAAAAGGCGACGAAGGCUGCCAAGCCCAAAAAAGCGGUGGCAGCAGCGAAGAGCCCAGCCAAGGCGAAAGCGGUGAAGCCGAAAGCAGCAAAGCCGAAGGCGGCCAAGCCAAAAGCGGCGAAAGCGAAGAAGGCAGCGCCCAAGAAGAAAUAAAUAGUUCGGAUAAAAUCCUGUCUGCAUUGCAGAUAAACCCAA